AAUAAAGUGUGUAAAUCUGUGCGAGAUAGAAAGAGAUGUACUGGGACACUAUCACCAAACCUGGAGACAGAAACACAGACAGCAAAGACUCGAAAAUAAAGAUGGAGAUUUGCCAGACUGGAUAUUACACAGAAGACUUCAGGACACAGGAAGUGCCGGCUGGCUUUGACUUUGCAUCUUAUGACUACCCUGAAGACCUGUCUUUUCUGUUAGACAGUAAAGCCCCCGUGCAGCAGCAGCAGCAGCAGCAGCAAUAUGUCGCAGAAAGCAGCUACCCAGAGCCACCCAAAGCUUCUCACCCUUACGACACUAAAGUGAGUGGCGGUGACACCUCCCUCUUCAACCUGGACUCGUACCAGGAGUUUAACUGGUGGACCUCGUACUCACAUGAUGGACUGACGGUAGACCAGUCACAAACUGGAUACCAGGAGUCUCCACAGACGUACCAGAGCCUGGUGCCCCAGAACGGACAGUUCAGCCCGGCCGUGGAGGGCAGCCACAGCCCCUUUCUAACCGCAAAGGGAUCAAAUACAUUACAAAGUGAGACAGAUCAGAGCUACUCGUGUCACUCGGCUGAACUGUACGACUCUGACGGACAGAGGCAGCCCUCUUCUUUCUGGCCUGAGUACUCCUCUCCCAGCUUCACUGCCCCCCCACCCCACCCGCCUCCGGCCCCCGGCCCUCAGUCCUCAGAGCAGUACUGCCCCCGUGUGGUCAAACGCAAGAACACACCCCCCCAGAGGCUAGACAGGGAGGGCCACAUGACGGGAAUGUCAACUUAUCCAGGUUCCGGUCCAAUCCAGUUGUGGCAGUUUCUACUGGAGCUACUUCUGGACUCUGCUUGUCGCACCUUCAUCUGCUGGACGGGAGACGGAUGGGAGUUUAAGAUGUCCGACCCCUCAGAGGUGGCUAAGCGCUGGGGCCAGUGCAAGAACAAACCCAAGAUGAACUACGAGAAGUUGAGCCGUGGCCUGCGCUACUACUACCACAAGAACAUCAUCCACAAGACGGCGGGCAAACGCUACGUCUACCGCUUCGUCUGCGACAUACAGGGCAUGCUGGGAAAGACGGCACAGGAGGUGCUGACCAGUCUGAACGUUGUGCCCACAAACACAAAGUCGUGGCCGUCGUGCCCCGGGGUGCCAGCGGCAUCGGAGCACAGCAGCGAAACGUGGGCGUCUCAGUAGGAAAACGGUUAACACAACUACCAGGAGUACUAGGCCCACAGUCUACAAAGGGAACGCUGCCUCCUCGAGCUCUCGCUGAACAGUAUCCUCAUGGGGGGAUUAUGUCACAGACAGCCGGUUUAUACAUGCUGUACUUCAGGGAGUCAAAUAACCAAAAACUCAUAAAUUCAUAUCCAGUCUUUUCUUAAAUGAUGGAUCGGUCUCCCAAUACCUGACCCAUAAACACAUGGCACCUCAGGGCUAAAUAACUGCAGCACAUGGGGCAUUUAAAGCUACUUAAAGGUUUAAAGAUACUUCUUUUGCAACGUCAGGGGCCAUAUUUUCAUUUGAUGGGUUUCUAAGAAGGAAUCGAUGUGUAAAUAGUGUUUAUAUGACCGCCUUGUAGGGUUUUGUGCAUUUAUAUUAUAAUUGUUUUGAUACAAAACUCAUGUCUACCUCUGUUGCUAGUCAGAAUAACGUAAACUGAGAUAAUUUCCAGGCACGCACUGUGA